AACUGUCUUCUCCUGUCGCGAGAACCGCCCCUUCCGACCAGCCUCCCAGCGACGCCCUUGCCGCCAUGUUGCUUGUGGGCAGGCGCCAGAAGCUGACAAUUGGCGAACCUGGCGCCGGCUCCAGCGUUCGGGGGAGACCAGUCUCCGCAACCACCCGGGCCCCUGCCAGGUGGUCUGCGGCCCAGCGUCCAUGACCAAGCCCCACGAGUGAUCGGCCUGCCUUCGGGUUCACCCGCGGAAGGAGCGUCGGGUCCUGUCCACCCGCAAAGCCAGGCCGUGCAGCUCGCUUGGGGGGAAAGGAACGAUGCCACUCUUCUUCCGGAAGCGGAAACCCAGCGAGGAGGCUCGGAAACGCCUGGAGUACCAGAUGUGCCUGGCAAAAGAAGCUGGGGCAGAUGACAUUCUCGACAUCUCUAACUGUGAGCUCUCCGAGAUUCCAUUUGGGGCUUUUGCAACGUGCAAAGUUCUACAGAAGAAGGUGUUGAUUGUCCACACCAAUCAGCUCACUUCCUUGCUUCCGAAAUCCUGCAGCCUCCUAAGUCUGAUAACCAUCAAGGUUCUGGAUCUUCAUGAGAACCAGCUGACAGCCCUUCCCGAGGAUCUAGGGCAGCUGACGGCCCUCCAGGUAUUGAACCUGGAAAAGAAUCAAUUGACAUAUCUCCCACGUUCCAUUGGGAACCUGACCCAGCUCCAGACCCUCAAUGUGAAAGACAACAAGCUGAAGGAGCUGCCGGACACCGUGGGGGAACUGCGGAGCCUGCGCACCCUUGACAUCCGUGACAAUGAGCUGCGGAGGCUGCCGCAGAUGCUGGCACACGCGCGGACCCUGGAGACCCUAAGCCUGGAUGCCUCGUCUAUGGUCUUCCCGCCGCUGGAGGUGUGUGGCGCAGGCACGGAGGCCAUCCAGCAGUUCCUCUGCAAAGAGUCGGGGCUGGAAUACUACCCCCCUUCUCAGUACCUGCUGCCGGUCCUGGAGCAAGAAGGAGCCCAGAGCUGCCAGGACAGCCCUGACGGGCCCUCGGACAGGCUCUCCAGGGAGGAGGCAGAGUGGCAGAAUAGGUUCUCGGACUAUGAGAAGAGGAAGGAACAGAAGAUGCUGGAGAAACUGGAGUUUGAGCGGCGCCUGGAGCUGGGGCAGCGGGAGCACGCCCAGCUCCUCCAGCAGAGCCACAGUCAGAAGGACGAGAUCCUCCAGUCCGUCAGGAAGGAGCAGUCCCGGCUGGACCACGGCCUCAGUGAGCACCAGCGCUACCUCGAUGCAGAGCGUCAGCGGCUGCAGGAGCAGCUGAAGCAGACGGAGCAGAACAUCUCCAAACGGAUCCAGAAGCUUCUGGAGGACAAUCAGAGACAAAGGAAAAAUUCAGAGCUUUUGAAGUCACUGGAAAAUGACAGAAUAAGAAUGGAACAGUUGAUGACCAUAACCCAGGAGGAGACAGAGAACCUGCGAAGACGUGAGAUUGCCUCCGCCAUGCAGCAGAUGCUGACCGAGAGCUGUAAGAACCGCUUCCUGCAGAUGACCUACGAGACUCAGAGGCAGAACUUGGUCCAGCAGGCCUGUUCCAGCAUGGCUGCAAUGGAUGAGCGGUUCCAGCAGAUUCUGUCAUGGCAGCAGAUGGAUCAGAACAAAGCCAUCAGCCAGAUCCUGCAGGAGAGCGCCAUGCAGAAGGCUGCGUUUGAGGCUCUCCAGGUGAAGAAGGACCUGAUGCACCGGCAGAUCAGGAACCAGAUUAAGUUAAUAGAAACUGAGUUAUUGCAGCUGACACAGCUGGAGUUAAAGAGGAAAUCCCUGGACACAGAGGCACUACAGGAGAUGGUCGCAGAGCAGCGCUGGGCCCUCAGCUCCCUGCUCCAGCAGCUGCUCAAAGAGAAGACGCAGCGCGAGGAGGAGCUCCGGGCGAUCCUGACGGAGUUAGAAGCCAAAAGUGAAACCAAGCAGGAGAAUUACUGGCUGAUUCAGUACCAACGGCUGUUGAACCAGAAGCCCUUGUCCCUGAAGCUGCAGGAGGAGGGCAUGGAGCGCCCGCUGGCGGCCCUGCUGGUGGAGCUGUCCGCCGAGCACUAUCUGCCCAUCUUUGCCCAUCACCGCAUCUCGCUGGACAUGCUGAGCCGGAUGAGCCUGGAGGACCUGGCCAAGGUGGGAGUCUCAGAAGCUGGCCUGCAGCACGAGAUCCUGCGGAAAGCCCGGGAGCUGCUGGAUGCGGCCAGGAUCCAGCCAGAGCUGCUGAAACCACCCCCGGCGGAGGCCCUCGGGGCCCCGGAGCCCACGGCCCCUGAGGAGCCUCCUGAGUCCUCGAAGCCCUCGGCGCCGCCCGCGGAGCUGGAGGUGCAGGCCUCGGAGUGUGUGGUGUGCCUGGAGCGGGAGGCCCAGAUGAUCUUCCUCAACUGCGGCCACGUCUGCUGCUGCCUGCAGUGCUGCCAGCCGCUGCGCACCUGCCCGCUGUGCCGCCAGGAGAUCGCCCAGCGCCUCCGGAUCUACCACAGCAGCUGAGCGCCCGCCUGGCCCCCGGCCCUCCGGCCCACGGCCACACCUGCAGGCCCAGGGCUCCAGCUCACCCUGCUCUCCCCAGACCAGUAAGGGCUCUCUGUCCUGGGCCCCACCCUACAGCCCAGGAGGGCGCCCCCUCCCUUGAUCUCCAAGCAGCUGGCCGGCUGGGCAGAAACGAGCGUUCCUAGCUGAUGACCUGGACACUGUGGAAGAGGGGAGCACUCUGGGACUGGGGAGGGUGUGGAGGGCAGCGGUGGCACCCUCUGAGCACGGGACUGAGUGUCCUGGCCUGUGUGCUCCACCCUCCCCAGCCGACUCCGGCAGGCACCGCCCCUCCAGGAGCCUCGGUGUUGUCAGGGGAGCGCAGACAGUGCUGCCCCAUGCCCAGGGGGUGGGAGCCAGGGGGCCCUGAUGGGGGGAGGAGAGGCCACAGGCCGCCACAGGCUGUCCGAUCGGCGGGAACGUGGUCAGUGCGGGCCUGUGCCUCAGGCGACGUCAGCCCCUGCUUGCCUCCUCACUGCUCUCCAGACCUGCACCACCUCUCUCAGUGCGGCCCAAGGGCAGGCGAUGCGCUUUGCAGACCCGAAGCAGGACUGCCAAUAAACCCACUCCCAGCCCGC